AGCCGAAUCGAAUAUUCCCCUCGGCUCCUCCUCAGGCCGCAGCGGGCCCAGCACACCGUUGGGAGCGAGUCGGUGCUCCGGACACUCCCGCCGCAGACAGCGGCCUUUUCCGUGUGGGUUUUCGCGCGUUUUCUCUAUCUAAAAGCAGUCGAGGCAGAAAACGCCAGCUGCAACAGAAGGAAAGCCGUCCGUUUUUCCUUUGCACUGCGGUUUUCUGCCGCGAAUUGCCCGCGACCCUGCCGUGUGCGCCGCAAUGCCGUCAUCGUCUUGCGCUACCGGCGCCAUCUGAGGCGAGGCUCCCGCGGUCUCAUUUUCCGCCAUUUCGAGGAGCCGAAGCUUUUGUCAAGGAAGUCGUUUUUGCUCGCCGAGAAAAAAUCACCUGUAUACGUUCCUAUUCGCACAGCUCGAGCAGGAGGCGCCGUUCGUGUCUCGACGCCACUGCCUCGAAGGCCGCGACCAAUCGCCGACUUCUGGGAGUCUGGUCACGCGCGUCGCUUUGCAAGUUUCCGUGUUUCUUGGUGGAAGAAACCGUUUCUCCGCCCGUUCCCUUUGCGGGAGCCAGGCUCGUCUAGCGCACGUGUCGAGAUAUUUUCUCCGGACCCACGAAUCGCAUAGUCGCCCAGACUGCCGUCGCCCCCGUCGCAAUCGAGGGCCAAUUGUCAGUCUUGGUUCGUGCGAUUGUCUUUUUCUUCCAGAUUUUUUAUGCCUGCAGAGAGUUUCGUAGAUUCUCUAGCGAUUGUGUGUCUGACAUAGGUUCAUGUGUCUGGAUUUCGGUACGAGAGUGGGUCUUCCGCGUCUCCCACGGCAGCCAGUGGAGUAGCGAUGAGACCCGGAUCGAGGGUUCCCUGUUCCGUUGGCGUUAAAGGACGAGGAAAAGACAGAGUUUUCGGGAAGAGAAGCGAACGAAUAGCCAGGGAAUCUUUCGACGCUCCUUUCGGCGCUGUGUGUGGACCUGGCUGUACUGAUUGAAAACUUUUUAGCUGCCGUCCGCGUCCUGUCCCGCAAGAGCGGGGGUGGAUUCCCACUCCAAGCAAUCGGUUCCUCGUUAAUCGCUUUGACAGUAAACUCGUCGCUGUUGCGCUCGUCGGCACUGUAUCUUCCCCAUGUUCCUCUGUGUCGUGUUUUCUCUGGAGACCCCCGCUCUUCUUCGUUUUCCCCGUAGUCUCUAUAUUUCUUGCUUGAGGAAAAGGAUACACAAGCGCCCAGACUGAGAGUUUCGCCGCGUCUAGUCGCGGGUCGCUUCGGCGAGGCUUUUGCGAUCCCAAAUGCCUGCUGGGAAGGCGUACCCCAGGUCCGGAGACUCAACAUGUGUCUCUUUCUCGCGAGUGGAGACGCGCAUUGAAACGCGUGUGAAGUCGAGGGUUGCACCUCCUCUUGUUUCUCUGCACCAAAGGCUCCUCCUGUCGUGGUACUAAGCGAUACCGCCUUUGUCUAUGUCUCCGUAAAUACCUAAAGUACACGCCUACUCACACGGAUAUGUAGAUGGGUGUUUUUUCCGCGUCUCGUCAGUGCGCGAGUCUUUUCACUAGAUGCUUUCGCUCAAUGGCCUGUCGUCCGUGGCUGACUCUGAACUGCGCGGAAUUCCCUGCAGUGGAGAGACAUCAUCCGUCCGGGCGUAGGUGAAGCCGCGCGCUGGAGUACCCGCCGAGACUGGCGUGUCUCGUGAGGUGUACGCACAGCCGAUCUGCGCCCUGAGAUCCAACGGAGGUUUCUGUGGGCGUUCAGAAGUUCACCAGAUGCUCAGUUUCUGCCGGCACUACUUCUUCCGAGCAGGCACGUGACUUUCAGCAAUGAAAAGAAGGAACUGAGGGCGGAGAGGACAGCUUUCCAACGAACUCGCGUUCCAGUUUCCACGCGAUUUCGCGACGCGUGACCAAGAACGGAGUGUCUGCGCGACUCCAGCGAACAGCGUGGAAGGGAGGAACUUAGUCGAGUAUCCUGCGUCGACAGUCCAAUAAACAUGAGAAAUGCCAGUUCGUCCUCGGCUCCUCGCGGCAACGCAGAGACGCCUGCGAGCAGGAGAGACGAGGCGGUGGCAAGGGAGCUUUGUUCUUUCCCUCACGGAGGCGAGAUGGAACAGGGUGGGGCCAUGUGCGAGCGACGAGCCGCCGCAGAGCGGACGAACGCGUGUGAGUCGGUCUCUCGCGUCUCGUCAUCGCCCGCAGUCUCUGCGACCGACACAAACAAUGAUGGAGACAGGAGAGAGGGAUCUGCCUUGAGUGACUGCGCGUCGCCACGAGACAGAAGAAACGACACCGAACCGCGGUCCGCAGAGGCCCCAGAGCCUCUCGAAGUGAGUGGAGAUGCGUCGCGAACGUCGAAGACAUGUCCCCGACGCGAGAGCGAUCCUGCAAGCGCGACAACAGUUGCACAUCGGGAACUGAACCUUGAGAAGUCCUCAGUUCGUUUCUUCGUGUGUCUCUUCGUCGCGAUGGUGUUUUGUGUCUUCGUCUGUCUGUGUCUCCUCCACGAUAAACCGAACAACCCCCUUGUUCUCCUCACACGCGCCGCUCCGCUCGACGAGGGGUCCGCAACGUGGACAUCACAGGCGCUUGCGUCGGUUUUCUCUAUCUUCGUCUCUCUCGGCGUCUCUCCUUCCGUGUUUCCCCUCUCUCUUUUCUCCUACCCCCGCGAGUUCGACCGCUUUCCCCACAUCCACCGAAAAACGCAUGACGUCUCUUCUCCUCUCUCUUCCUCUCCUCUCUCUUCCUCUCCUUUCUCUUCCUCUUCGCUCUCUCCUCCCGAGUCGUCGUCUGUCUCUCCUCUGUCCGCCGACGAGGUGGACGCGGCUGUCGGAGUUGACGGGGCGUUUCUCGACUCGUUGUCUCCGUGGGAAAUGCGCGCCUUCUUGCUGGCCGACGGUUGGUCGGAGACUCCGAACCAGCGAACGGCGCCUCUGUUGAUGCCUGCUGUCCUGCCGCGACUGCCGCGCGCGGGCGGGGGCGAGCACCUGCGGCGCCACCAUCACUCGGUGGACAGCGCAGCUUCGCCGUCGCUUCCGGUCACAGCCGAGACGGUUCUGGAGAGCGGCCGUCACCUCCUGACGGCGAACGUCUACGAGGAGGCGCGGUCGGUGUUGGACCAGGCGGUGCGGGAGGGGCACCUGACGCGCGCUGUGCGCAUGCACGGCCAGUUUUUGUAUCCGUGGAAGAUGUUCUCGGCGGCGGAGCGGGAGGUAUUGCGUCUGACUGCCGACCAGGUGCGCUGGUUCCCCAAGUGGGUGAAGAACCACCGACACUCGCAGCGCGUGGAGAAGAGCGUUCUCGACGCGUUUCUCCCGGUUUUGCGGCCGCAGUUCGCGGACAAGUACGGCGGCCCAGGGAGUCCAGACGAGGGACGGAGUCGGGGGAUUCGGUACACAUGGCUCGGUCACGCGACGGGUUUGGUGAACGUCGACGGCCUGAAGAUCUUGAUCGAUCCGAUGUUCGACGGGGACCUGAUUGGGCCGUACAGCGAGUGGCUGCGAAGCGUAAUGAAGUACAUCAGCGCGCUGUGCGGCUCUCUGGGCGAACGCCACCGGCGCCCACCGUGCGAGUACGACGAACUCCCGACAGACGUCGACGUCGUCCUGUUGAGUCACAACCACCCCGAUCACAUCAUGGAGCACGACGCCCACUCGAUUUGCUCGCGCUUCGCGAAGCACUUCCGGCGCUCGAUCUGGUACGUCCCCGAGGGCGUCACAGGCUUUCUCCGGCAGCAAGGGUGUCUCCCGUCCUCGAUUUUCGAGUUCUCUUGGGGCGAGUCGCGCACUCUCUCUUGCCACUUGCGCCACGGCCGCCGCGUCUGCAGCGACGGAGUAUGGCACAAGCGACGCGCCAAGACGGAGACCUUCAAAUUCACUUUCACAGCAGGGGUGCACUGGUCGGGACGCUCGCCGUCGAAGAUCGACCACAACACCUCGUUGUGGGGUGGGUUCGCAGUCGCAGGCCCUGAGCACAAGUUCUUCUACGGCGGAGACACGGCGUACUGGCGCCCCGACUUUGACGAGUAUCGAAAGAUUGGACACAUUCUCGGUCCGUUCCACCUGGCCGCCCUGCCGAUUGGGGCGUACGAACCGAACGCGGAUCUGCGCUACCAACAUGUGAAGCCGUGGGAGACCGUGCAGAUGUUCAAGGACGUGAGGGCAGAGGCCGCCGUGGGGGUUCACUGGGGCACCCUCCGCCUCUCUGCCGAGGAGUUCUUCGAUCCGAUGCUCGAUCUCGAGUGUGCGUUGCUGCAUGUAAGCGAAGAAGACUGCAAAAAGGCCUCGGAACUGCAGCAUCGGUACGUCGCUGCCCACGCCCUGCUCACGCAGCUGCCGAAGGAAGUUGCGGCGAGAAGGAACGGAGGGGAAGUUGGCGCGCAACCCACUCGCGUAGGGAGGGGACGGAGCACCAGGCCGCGGAGAGAGUCGGAGACAAGCUGGAGGACUGUGGGGUCCUGGGGCGAGGGGCGACCCGACAGCAGCGACGGGGGGUCGACCGAGUACCGGCGACGGAGACGGAGCACCAGCCUCGACGACGACAGUCGCGACCGAACAGAGACUCCCAGAGAUCCCGAUGUCGGCUCUGUGUCUGCGGGCGCAAAGCGAGUGGCGCAGGACCAGGUGACCCGAGUUGAGACGACCCCAGAGGCCUUCUUCUCUGAGUCCGUGGAAGUGUCUCAGGAGACAACACCGGGCCGAGAACCCCAAAGUCCAUCAGAGGCCGAGAGGAGAAAGCGGAGGCGAGACCAGUUCGUGGACUUCUCGCUGUCCGGAUCCAGAUUCGGUUCGCCGAGCUCGAGUGAGUUUGGAGAAGGUCAGCCGAUGAAGAGGCAGGAGCUGAAGCAGGUGGAGGCGAAGCGCGAGGAGGAUGAAGAUCACGUGACCUACGGGAUCUCCGAGCGCGUAGCGAGAGCGGGGGGCCUCCCGCCGUUGCCUGAACAGGCGAAACUCGUUGCGGAGGUCCUGCACAAACUGGAGAACUUGAUGAUUCCGCAGGCCCACCCCUACCGUCACGCCUCCAACAUUCAGCGUCUCCUCCGGUCCCUGAAACUCCAAGACGCAGGCCUGCUCGCCGACGACGACGCUUGGAAAGAAUUCCUCCUCACCGAGGGUGCCAGGUUUCAGACUGUCUUCCUCGGCCAGUCCAUUCAAGUGGAGGCGGCUGGAGGCGAUUUUGUGCGGAUGACGCGGAGCAGCGGCCUCGAGCAUGUGUGGCCAGAAGCACCGGAAGAACAUUACACCUUUCCCACCAAGUAUUUCGACGUUGAGCGAGGACAGCGACUCCCGCCGCGCGAGGACGGAGCCGGCGUCUUUUCAAGUUUGCCGGCUUGGCGGGAGAGUCAAUCUCCAGAAAGCGACUUUUCUUCUGCGAGUUCCGACGAUCCGGGUCUGUUCAUUUAAAUGCAGAAGCGAGGAGAACCUGUGGCACCGGAAAGUGGAAAGAGGCGUCUUUUCCUCAAAGAAGUAGCCCGCGAACGUCGUCUCUUCGGUCGCUGUCGCACUCUGAGAGACAUUCGCUCGCGGCCUGAACAGAGGCGAGGAUAAUUCCAUUGCUGCGUGUGGUCGGCAAGCACGCCGACCAAUCGCUUUUGCAUGUUUCUCCAAGCAUUUGAUCAGACGAACUCGCCGUUGUUCCUCUUCUUGGUCAGGGGCUUCUUUCUGUUCAGCUGUUCGGAGGACCAAGAACGUUGGACAGGUUCAGAGCGCAAGCGAAAGGUGACAUCUUCGUGGGUCCGGCUGGCCGCCGAGUCGUGUGCAGAGAGAGGACCGAGCGACACAGGUGGUGGCCGUAUUGCGACGACAAAUUAAUAAGCAUCUCUGUAUGCAUAUAUUCAUGUAUCUAUAUAUUAUAAGCAUGUAUAUGUAUCCGUAUAUUUGAGUGUUCUUCCGCGAGAAUGGAAACUGUAGAAGAGGCACCAAGUUUGAUCAGUUGUGUUUUUGAAGAAAAUUGGACGCCGAGUUUUUGUGCAAGCAUGUGGUCCUUGGCAUUUUGAAAAGGUAUAGCUGAGGGGAUGGGAAGCUGCGGGUUGAAGUCUUAACGGGAGACACAUGCUAAACAUCCGUCGAUACUUCUGGAUUUAUUUCAUCCAAAUGCACGUUACCGGCUUUUGCUUAUGAACGGACGCAAUUCCGUUCGAACCCAGUCUGCUUGUUGAAGUGUGUUCGCGUUAAAUCGAGGUCCAGUCGGCCCGCUUUCUUCCCCACGUCUCCCCAGAGGUUAAGUCAUUAUGGGUGGAAGGCACUUUCGUCUGGCCGGAAGCUUUCUCUCGUCUACCUUCGUUGUGUAUGUGGUGUACAGAACUGUUUGUGUGCGUCUGCGAAUUCACGGCGGUGGUUGUAGGCGGUGGCUGUCUUCCUGUUCCGCUUCUAAGAUUUUCUUCGUGUUCUGUCGGGAAAAGCUGUACAGGAGUGGUUGAGGGGAUAACUUCUGCCGACCACCUGCAUUUCUCUAUUUUGAGGAAACGCGUGGAGAGCAUGGGCUUGGGUGCUUCGGUUCAUUUGUACACGAGCAUACCGAUGAACAUAGACGCCGGACUGGACAGGUGCGUCUGCCCACAACUGUGUGUCAGAGACGUGUGCGAUUUUAUUUUGUGUUCUCAAGACGGAGUUAGGUGCCACGCGGUGCGUGUCGCGUGUGUGUUGUUUCCCGCGGUUUAGCAAAGACUAAAGAGAAACAGGGAAGUCAGCGGAACCAAGACCUAACGUUAUGAGUUGUGAGUCUGUGUUAAUCGGAGUUCGUUUUGAUAAAUCCCUCAAGACGAGCAGCUGCGGUGGCCAGACACCCAAACGACCCGGCCUUUGACCACGG